AUGUUAAGUCAGACUACCGUGGAUGUCAUGAUUGCCCACACCAUGGAAAUCGACAAGCGAAUUGACAUGUCAUCCGACUCUGAAAAUGUAAAGGUCUGUGUUCGCUGCAGGCCGAUGAAUGAGAAAGAGGAACAACAGAAUUUUUUCACCGUUGUCAAGGUCGACGAAGAGGCAGGUGCGGUACAUUUGCGGUCGCCAGAUGAAUCAGAGGACGGUCCAACAAAAAUGUUCACUUUUGACUACGCAUUUGGAAUGGGCAGCAAACAGCUGGAUAUCUUCAACAAGAUCGCCAGACCAAUAAUCGAAAAAGUGUUUGAGGGCUAUAAUGGCACCAUUUUUGCUUAUGGACAAACCGGAACGGGCAAAACAUUCACCAUGGAAGGAGUCAGGUCCGUACCGGCUCUUAGAGGCAUCAUACCGAAUUCCUUUGCGCAUAUUUUCGGUCGGAUCGCAAAGGCCGACUCGAAGACCCGAUUUCUUGUUCACGUUUCCUACCUGGAGAUUUAUAAUGAAGAGGUUCGUGACUUGCUUGGGAAGAACCAGCAAACGAAGCUGGACGUGAAAGAAAGACCCGACUGCGGUGUUUACGUGAAGGACCUGUCAACAGUAAUGGUGCAUUCCCCAAAUGAAAUGGAAAAGGUUAUGUGUUUGGGAAACAAAAAUCGGUCCACGGCAGCGACGAAUAUGAAUGAACACAGUUCGCGUUCUCAUGCAAUUUUCACGGUUACAGUGGAGUGCUGCGAACUUCUGGAAUCCGGAAAGGAGACGCUUCGUCAGGGGAAACUUCAUUUGGUCGAUUUGGCCGUAAGCAUUAUAUUUAAAAGAAUUGCAAUUUUUCCCUUUAUUAACAUCUGCUGGUUUUUCCCAUAA